AGUCGUCGGUUUUUGAUCGAACGUUGUGCAUGUUUGUUGGUGAGAACCGUCUGUUACAUCUUUUCCAUCACAUCGAAAGCACAGGAUACCAACAAAUGAAUCGAAGCGAAAAAGAAAAGUCAAUGUAAUCAGCGUAAAGAAAAUCAUCGUCUUUCUACCAACAACAAGUUAUUACAAUAUAAUUCCUUCUCGGAAGUUUACCUGGUUUGAUUCAUCGAAAUUGAAUUGAUUGAUGUGUAAUUGAGUGAAUUGCAUACAGAAUCCUAGAUGGUGAAUUGUUUAAUUGGAAUUGUAUGAAAAGAUGCGAAAAGUGUAUCAUUAAGUUUAUUCAAAUUCAUCGUAUCUUUUGUUGAUUAAUUAUCCAUGUGAAACUGUUUGGUUGGUUUGACGUGAGUGCGAUGCUUUAAUUCAUAGGCGAUAAUUGUGUGUAAGGGAUUCAUUGUUUCGUUUUGUGGUGACGGAUUUUCGAUUCUGUGAACACGAACGAUUGAAACAAAAGCCAAUACCAUAUGAUGUGUGAUCCGUCUGUCAAUUCAAUGAAUAGCAUCGAUUAAAUGAAACCAAGUAUUGCGUUCGUGCUAUGUGAUCACCACCAAAUUAUAUGCUAAAAUUGUGGGUGUGUGAUUUGGUAUUUGGGCACGUGUAUAGGCGAUAUAUAAACAAAGACGAACCGCAUCAAAAGCUACCAGCAAAUCUUGUGGAUGAAAUGACCAGAUGGUGUGAGGCCAUUUUUCACUACAGGAAAUAUCCGAUGUUGCAACAACACUCUGCUGAUGAAUUCCAACUGAAUAAUGUUGAUGAGGCUCAUCAGUGAAUCGACGCAGGACGUGGCUUGAAAAUUUAAAUAUCAAAUUGAGGAAUGGAUUAAAUAACAACCGCACAUUACAUUCAAAUCCAAUUUUCGAUACCUGCUAUGCUAUUAUAAAGCAAAAUGCGAAUAAUAGAAUUGUUUAAAUUCUUUUCUGGAAUGUUAUGAACUGAAUUGCGUGCAUUGAAUUUUACAAAAAAACCACGCCUACAGCGAAUCAACGGAAUUUGGUGUUCGUUCGAAAUUUCAAGCGCAAAAAUAGUUUUUUGCUGGUCAACCAACGAAAAAAACCAUUUUAGGAGCCAAUUGAAUUUUCCAAAUAAAUUUAUUCGUCGAAAUCCUGAAACCAUAACGAGCCGAAACAUUUUUUCUGCAACGAAAUUGGUUAUUAAACAAAUAAAAGUAUUCCGCUGAUUGUGCUGGAUUAAGCAUAAAACAAUAGAUUAUCGAUUUUUUUUUCUCAUGCGCGCGAUCGUAUAUUUUGCAAUGAAAUCAUUGAACCGAUAGGGAAAAAUUGCCACUUUCGGAAUGGCCGAAUGAUGAAAAAGCUGUAGGAAAAAAGCGUGAUUUUUGGUGCUUGCGACAGUGUUAAACAAAAGAGGUGAUUUAUCAAAACACGCAUUCGAAUUUCUGGCCUGCAUAUCAGUCAAUACAUGCUCUCCCUGCGGUACUGACAUUAACGAAAUUUGUACAUUCCCAUUGACACAUACACACAAUUCCAGAGAGGAAAAGACCGAUCGAAAAAAAGAGAGAGAAAUAAUAACUCGGCUCUAAUUGAUUACACCAACCAUAAAUUAUUUUGGUGCGACACAGAAGAGGAAAAAAAACGCCGCUCAAGUAUUUCGUUAAUAAAUGAGCGUAUCAAUAGCCGGACGGGAAAAAAGGGGAAAUUGCGUGAAUUGAGCGAAAAACGAGGCGAGACUUGAUCUAUUGAUUCAAUCAUCAUAUUGCGCUCGUGUUCAACAACAAUAUUCAGUCAUCAAUCGGUUGUCAUCGUCAAUCUUCUCCCCACGGCCAAUUUCGAUUAAUGCGCGCACUCCAAAAACUUGUACUCUCUUUACGCCCGCGAAGUUUUACUCGAUGACUUUUCCAACAAAACGCUAAGCCAAACAACUAUUCAAUCAAUUACUUGAUUGCACAUCAUAAACACAUCGCGAGUUAUUAGGAAAUUUGAGUAAUUAAUUGAAAAUUAUAGCGCUAAUACCAAGAAAUAGAAGUCUAUCGAAUAACAAUCCAUCAAAUUAAUAACGAAUUCACACAUACACACCGAAUGUUGAUUACAAACUAUCGUCAGAAACGAAACAAAAUCAUUAGCAUAACUGCCAAGCGAUAAAUUACAAAGCGUUUUUUUAAUUAAAAUUGAAUAAUUAAAAUUUGCAGCGCAAUUAAAUCAAGUGGCAUUUAAUAAAUACGAGUUUUUUGCUCAUUCAAAAAAAACACGUUGAAAUGAUGCACAUGUCGAAAAUAGAUUGAUGUGAGUUCAUAAUAAAAACGGCACGAAACAACAAAAAAAACCUCCCGAAUAAAUAAAUCAAGUGCUCGAUUAUGCGAACAUUUCACUUUGUUAAUUACAUUGCUGCUAAUGACAAUGAAUGCUUGCAAAAGGUUAAUCGCUGUCAUGCAUAAAAUUUGAACAAAGUGAAAAAAAAAAUUUGCACAGCAAACACGAUAAAUGCUUUGUCACACGUCUAUUUAUCAACUGUGAUUAAUUUCGGCUAAUAAAAACAUUACAGUCAUGAUGUUUUCACACGGAUAAUAAGACCGCCCUCACAAAACAUUCGUUCACCAAUACUGACCUGCAUCUUUGUGGUCAUCUCUAGAGGGAACGUGCUGCUACGAGACAAAGUAGUGUAAACAAAGGGGACGACAAGGCGUCCGCUCGAUUUAAAAUAUACGAAUUUAAACGUGCAACGACAUCAAGACACCGACUGCACCCAGUGUGAAUUUUAACGAAGAAAAAAAGAACACAGACAAAGAACACGACUGCAGAAAAAAAGCAACACAAGACUUCCACAAAGAACGUGCGAAUAAAAGUAACGACCACAACUGAAUCAAUUAUUUGUGUUUGUGGAUUUUCACAAAACUUUGCAUCGCCACGGGCAAAUUAUCAUCAGCCACAUUGAAAACCCUUGACCUAAACCAAAAAGGUUAUAUCGAAGUGAAUGAAGUGAAAAAGAAACACACAUACACAGAGCGGGAGAGAGAGGGAGAACACAUUCUGGAGCGAAAUGAACGUAAAAUGAAAAAUGUGCUCAUGUACAAACAACUCAGGGGAACAGAGAAAAAAGCGUACCGAGAUUUUAAUGAUUACCCACAGCAGUCAGUGGCAAUAAUACAAAAAGCACCAGCGCGACAUUACCAUUAAAGUCUAUUCCAUAUAAAAAAAAAGUAGAACGGACGAACAAACGGACAGAGAAAACAUCAAGAAGUGGUAGAAAGAGUGAGACAGAACAAAAAAACAGUGGGCAAAAGAAAUCGUCAGAACGACGAAGACCAAUUGCCAUUAUCGCCCCCGACGUUUUGUAUAGCCACCGUUAAAUUUUACUUGUGUGCGCUGCAACUGCGAAACGAGACAAAGAAGACCACCGCCAAAAGAAGAAGAAAAAGAAAAAAGUGAAAGAAGAAGAAAAAAAAAACCAACACGAACUGAACACAUAAACGAAUGAUUGAACUAAUGUGCAAUGUACUAAAUUACACUUGGAGCAAAUUCACAGCGAAAACAUAAAAAAAACGAGCACACUCGACCAAGAGCAACAUAGCGCCGUGAAAUGUAAAGGGCCAUCAAGUAGCGACGGGCGAACAUUUCAAUUUUUUUAUGCUCAUUCACUGCCGUGCUUCAGCACAUCGACUUGCAUGUUGAAUUCAACGGUGUUCAAAUAAAUGUGUUAACUUUGAACAAUAUAAAUACUAAUUACCCGCAUUCAUACGGUCUUUUCUUGCUGUGUUGUUGUUUUUUUUCUAUGUGCACUGCACACUACUCGACGACAGUGAAGAAUACGAUAACGGUUGCGAACAUACUCGCCAAAAAAAAAUCAAGUGAACGUCCAAUUCGAUCGUAGAAUGUGUACAUUUUUCAUCACUCACUCCUAAGAAAUUGUUUAAUGCCAAAAAUAACAACAACAAAACAAAGCACGAAUGAAAAAGAAUAAAAAAUUUCCCGUGAAGUAACAAAAGAACAUAAAAAUAAAAAGUGGAAUGCUAAUAAUUAUAACGCAAAAUUGAAUUAUUUCAUCGAAUUUCGUGAAUGAAUUUCACAGCAGCAGCAGCAGCAGUAAUGGCGGCGUCGGCAACUUUAUUACACAUCUGUCAAGUAUUUAUAGCCUGCGCGCUGGAAAAUUGAAUCGUUUUUCACAGUCGAUAAAAUAUUUUCGCCCAAUGAUAUCCAUUUUCAUGACUAUUUCGAAUGUGCUGGCAUUCGAUUGACACCACCGGAAUCACCAAUAAAAUUUCAAAUUAUAAAUAAACAGAGGGCAACAAAAAAUAGGAAUACAUACAGACAAAAACUCAAUAAAAUAAGGGCAAAAAAAACUAAGUGUGUUAAACCGAAAAAAAAGAGAGAGUAAUAAUAAUAAGCGAAUAGUAAAAAAAGUAAACUAUUGCUAAAAAUGGUGUUAAAUGCUAUGAAAAUAUUGUGUGGUUCAAUUUUAUUGUUCCAAUUGGUUGUUAUUAAGUUGGCAACGUGCUCCACAUUAGAUUUAUAUAAAAAUGCACGGCUCGGCACGAGGAUCGUGCAGACGCGGUACGGUCGACUGCAGGGGCUCAUCUUGCCAUUAGAUAGCUAUAAAUUUUUACGUCCGAUCGAAGCAUUUUUGGGCAUCCCAUAUUCAACAUCCCCGGUAGGGUCCAACAGAUUCAGCCCAACUCGAGCACCAUCACCCUGGAAUGGAAUCCGCAUAGCCGAUAAGUUUAGUCCGGUGUGUCCGCAACGAUUGCCCAACAUACAAAAUGAAACCGGAGCAUUGGAGAAAAUGCCAAAGGGCCGACUGGAAUACCUAAAACGAUUGCUGCCAUUUUUGCAAAAUCAGUCGGAGGAUUGUCUCUACCUAAACGUAUUUUCGCCGGCACAUGCUGCUGUAACUGAUAAAAAGUUGCCCGUGCUGGUGUUUCUACAUGGUGAAUCAUUCGAAUGGAACAGCGGUAAUCCGUACGAUGGAACAGUUUUGGCAAGCUACGGCGAAAUAGUUGUUGUCACAUUAAAUUAUCGAUUAGGAAUAUUAGGUUUUCUCAAUGCGAAUCCAAGCCCACAGAUACGUGCCCGUGUCGCGAACUAUGGCCUAAUGGAUCAAAUGGCAGCACUGCAUUGGGUUCAACAGAAUAUUAAUCGAUUUGGUGGUGAUCCAAAUUUGGUAACGUUAGCUGGGCAUGGCAGCGGUGCGGCAUGCAUACAUUUUCUCAUGACGUCACCAACAAUGGUGCCGGGCUUAUUCCAUCGAGCGAUUUUACUGUCGGGUUCGGCAUUUUCAUCAUGGGCAUUAGUCGAAGACCCAGUGAUUUACGCACUCAAACUAGCCAAAGAAGUAAACUGUACCAUUCCCGAAGACCUAAUCAAAAACCAUGAACAGAUUGUUGACUGUUUGCGAGAGGUGCCAUUAGACGAAUUAUAUGCAACCGAAAUUCAAGCGCCCAGCUUUCUAACUGCAUUCGGUCCAUCGGUUGACGGAGUUGUUAUUCGAAACGGACUUAAUCAUCAAGAUUCCGACGAUGGAAUGAUGAGAAAUUCAAAACGGUCGCAAGAAUCUGGCAAUCGGUAUGAUUUAAUGUUUGGCAUUGUAACAGGUGAAGCCAUAUGGCGUUUCAGUGCGUCUGACAUACAAAACGGUUUCGAAGGCGAUCGUCGAGACAAAAUUCUACGAACAUAUGUACGCAAUGCGUAUACAUAUCAUUUGAGUGAGAUAUUCUACACGAUUGUGAAUGAGUAUACAGACUGGGAGCGAACGUCACAGCAUCCAAUAAAUACGCGUGACGCAGCCGUUGCCGCAUUGUCAGACGCGCAAUUUGUCGCUCCGCUUGUUCACACCGGUGAUAUGUUGGCUCCACCUGCUGUACAACCGGGCCAAGAUAAAAUUGGACCAAAAUGCUUCUUCUAUGUAUUCGAUUAUCAAACAAAAGACGGCGACUAUCCACAGCGCAUGGGAACGGUACAUGGAGAAGAUUUACCGUAUGUGUUUGGUGCACCGUUGGUUGAAGGAUUUUCACAUUUCCCAAGGAAUUACACAAAGUCGGAAAUCAGCCUAUCUGAAGCAAUUAUGACUUAUUGGAGCAACUUCCUAAGAACUGGUAAUCCGAACGAACAUCAUCGGCAAGAUCCGGUAUUGCCUGCAUCGAAAGAGCGAAAUCGCUUCCGUAGCGUGGUUUGGGACGAAUAUGAUUCGUUGCAUCAAAAAUAUUUGGAAAUCGGCAUGAAACCUCGCAUAAAAAAUCAUUUUCGCGCCCAUCAACUAUCAAUUUGGUUGCGCUUAAUACCCGAACUGCAUCGAACCGGCAUGGAAGAUGUUAUCACACGGCAUAAUCUAUUUAAAAACCAUGAUGACAUGGAUUUAUAUGAUGGUCCAGUUAAAUUGGAUUCACUGUCACGUUUAGCAUUUUUAGAGGAGACAUUCAAGCAGCGUCGAAAUAAUGGCACCAAUAACGAAUAUAGCCUAUUAAAUAUUAAUGGAAUGACAACGGUAGAGCCAUCACUUUUAACAACUUGUAUUCCUUUGGGCAAUUAUAGUGCAUUAGCACCAACGAGCGUGACUAACGUUACAACAUCGGCCGACACAUUAGCCGGUUUUGAUUCAGCGGCUGGCUAUGCCGCAUAUUCAACGGCACUCAGCGUUACAAUAGCAAUCGGUUGUAGUCUUCUUAUCCUGAAUGUGUUAAUAUUUGCGGGAGUUUAUUAUCAACGUGACAAAACGCGGCUUGAGGUAAAAAGCUUACAAAAACAGUACCAACAACGCAGCGGCAUUCUGCAUCAGCAGCCACCGUUUGAUCCAAUCAAACAUGCUCAUUAUCACAUGAAUCACUCGCAGAGUGCGAAUGUGAUUGUUGACGUUGAAAAUCAUCAUCAUGACAAUAGCGGUGGUACGCUACUAUUGACAGCAACCGGUGAUAUCAAGUCACCGCAUAUCUGUUCGAAUGCCAUGCAAAUAUCGACCAGCGGUACAACGGCCAAUACCACCGGAGAUAAUGUUUGUCAAACAAAAGUACCGUUAAGUGAAACCACAACAACAUCCUACAAUACAAAAAGCAACCAUCGUGGUCAAGGAGUCAGCGAGCACAUGGUUCAAACGAUUCCAAUCAAACAACAAUCGACACAACAGCAAUUCAAUCGAAAUACUUCGACUUCGUACAAUAGCAUGGGUAUGAUGACUUUACCGAAAGGCGGCUUGAACAGCAGUCUCAUGCAGCAGCAGCAGCAGCAGCAGCAGCAGCAGCAACAGCAGCAACAACACUUAUCGUCGAUUAGCUAUGGCCGAGAUGUUAGUGCAACGCUUCCACGAAACAUGAGCUCACAAACAAACGCCAACAGUAAUUUAGGCUAAACAAAGUAAGCUGCAACUUCAACAUCAUCAUGGCCAACACCAUUUGCCGAAUGGUAAUGCAACGCUAAUUGAUAGUGGAUGCAAUGCAUCAUCAUCUAGUAAUUCAAAUAAAAUACCGCCCCGACCACCGAUUCGCUCGACAACCACCACAACAACCGUAUCAAUAGCCGGUACCGGACCAUGCUUAGCAUCAUCGCAACACGAACAAAAUGCGGCUGCGAUGUGCAGCCAACUGAAUAGUGCCACCAGUAAAUUGUCCAAUGAAUCGCCAAAUGUGAAAUUCGUGCUAACACAAACAAAUGCACAUCACAAGCAACAGCCGCAGCAUCAGCAGCAUCACCACCAGAAACAGCCAAUACCUCAAGCGGCCAUGAACGAAAUGCGCGUUUGAUAGCAUACAGCCAAUCAACGACCGCACGGAAAUGACGUCUACGAAUUUAAUACGGCAUUCUGAUCGCUGCGGCCUCCACACGAAAUAGAUCAAUCUCGAAUAAAAUAAAAUCCCGAAAAAUAGAACGAACUGCAGACAAAAACCAAUUGAAUUAUGAACAUUACAAAGAAACGACCUAAAGAAUACUUGCAAAAGCGAACGAAACACAAACACAAAAUAUAUCAUUAACAAAACUAAGCGAAAGAAGGGAAAAAACAACAGCAACAAAUAACCUAUCUAACAAUUUAUAUACAUACAUCUGCAAGCCAAUGCAAUUACACUAUCUUUAAAAUAUUGAACAAAAUAGCCGAAUUCGAUGGAGAAAAAAACACAUAAUUCCAAACAAAAAACGAACGAACAACACAAAAUAAAUAUUAUUCAAAAUAAUAAUAGAUUUAAAACAUAUACGAGAAAACCGACAGAUACCACACACAGCAAAAAAAAAUUUAUCCCAAAUCCAUUACCGAAACAAAAACCAAUCUACUUGAUAUAUAUGAAUAUUCGAAUUGCGAAUGCGUGUAUCAAAUGAACACUAUUGUGACAGUCAUAUAAUUUACUUUCAAAAGCACCGUUCAAUUACGAAAUGUUAUGACAAAUGAGAGAAAGAGUGACCUAGAGAGAGAGAGAGAGAGAG